CUCGAGGAAAAACACGUCGUCGCGCCCAACACAAACCUCAUCACUGCUCUCCUCUAGAAUCCUUCUUGGUCAAUAAUAAUACUCGCCACCAUGUGUUUCAAUCGUCCCCCACGCCCCUAACAUCAAACCCUCGUUUCGCAAUGGACCCCUUUACCAGCGAAAAACACGUCCACGUGCGAGAUCACUCACCAAGUAUGCGGCCAAUGCGACGGAUCCGUCGUAAACUACCGUUGAUCAUCAUUCUGGCCUUCUCGACACUGGUUCUAUUGUCCAUUUUCAAAAGUGUAACCCACCAUGUCUGUUCUGGUACGGCGCGUGCCCUGGGAUUGUGCAGGUCUGCCGUGGACCCCCAGGACUGGAAACUGUUCUACCAUCUAGGGGGUAAUGGCCCAUGGAUUCCCAAGUCGGACAACGUCGCCUACGACCAUGCGCCAUUGCCGAAAGGUUGCUCCGUCGACCAGGUCCAUAUGUUGUCGCGACAUGCUGAACGCUAUCCGACCAAAACUGCAGGCGCUCGUCAUCUCGAACUAUUGAAACGUCUGGACGACCCGGCCGUUUCGCUCGAGGGAUCUUUGUCCUUUGUCAAGUCUUGGACCUAUUUCACCGACCCAACCGACCCGGCCUUUGAGAACCUCACUCAGACCGGUCCAUAUGCAGGAACACUGCAAGCCAGCAAUACCGGCAAAACCCUGAGGGCCAGGUAUCAACACCUCCUACCACGCCACCAAAGCACCCGUUUCUGGUCUUGCGGCUCCCCACGAGACAUCGAGACGGCCAAGCAAUUUGCAUCGGGCUUCUUCGGCGCCAACUGGCUGUCUGACGGCACCGCCGAACUUCAAGUGAUCCCCGAAGACCCCAAGCGAGGCGGCGACACCCUGACGCCCGGAGACACGUGCUACAAAUACGACCGCGACGGAUACAAUGGCCACGACGCCGGGUAUCGGAAACUUGACGAAUGGCAGACGGUUUUCACACGACCCAUCAUCAAGCGACUGGCUAGCCUAGCGACCGGGAUCGAGCUAGAACCCGUCGACGUCUACAGCAUGAUGGAAAUGUGCGGCUUUGAGAUCCUAGUGCGCGGGUCCAGCCCGUGGUGCGCCGUCUUCAGCCAGGACGAAUGGCUUGACUUUGAGUAUGCGCGCGACUUGCUACAUUUCUACCGUGCCGGUCCAGGCAAUCCCUAUGCCGGGGCCAUGGGUUGGCUGUGGUUGAACGCCACGCGCACUUUGAUGCUCGAUGGCCGCGCCCAACACCCAUACAUGAGCUUUGUUCAUGAUGGAGACAUCGUCCCCGUGCUGGCCACCUUGAAGGUAUUCGACGAGCGUCUCAUGCAGCAGACCCUGCCGUCGGACAAGAUCAAGUCUGAUCGGAAUUGGAGGACCAGCGACGUCGUUCCCAUGGGAGGACGUUUGAUCCUCGAACGCAUUGUCUGUGACGCCUUCGCCCCAGCAUCGUCGACCAGCAAAGACUAUUUCGUGCGACUCUUUAUCAAUGAUGGCCUCAUCCGCCUACCGGGUCUCCCCAAGAUGUCACGCAUCCUGCACGCCAUCAAUAUCUCGGAUUUCUCCGAUUUUGUCAGAACCAGACAGGAUAUCUUUGGCGAGUUUCGAGCCGUCUGCUCGUUGCCCGACAAUGCUCCAGAUAGAAUCACCUUUCUGCAUCAGGAUUGAUUGUUCGUUGGCCUGCUCCACCUCGGUUCUGG